CACACACUACAUAUCAAAACUAGUCAAGGUCAAAAGGGUACAAAACAAAGAUGUCCCUACUUCACGAUACAGAGCGCUACAGGUCCCUAGGCGAGGACAAGCGACUGCUACACCUCCUGCAAUGGUUGCAGGGACUGCCUAAGGCUCUAAAGAAUGCGCAGAAGGCCGAGAUGAAAGCUGAACAGAAGGCACUCUCUGAACAGCUGCAAUCUUAUCUCCAUGGCAGCCUUGGCCCCCCACUGAGACGAGCCCUCGGUCAAGCGUUUGUGGGACUGUACUUGAGUGGCGAUACCUUUAGUCUGUACGACACAGUGGGGAAAUGUUGUGACAUGGUCCGGGCCAAGGACGAGGGAGCAGCACUCGGCAACAAGCUCUGUGCUCUGGAGGUCCUGGGAGCUGUGUACGAGUCCCACGGGCGUAUGGUGGGUACGCUACUCCACGAGACUGUCACAGUACUCAUCAAAGCACUCAAAACUGUGGACUUGCGGUCAGACAUCUUCGCAAUGCUACGGAGGUUGGUGAUAGGACUGGGCCCCUCCUCAAGCUCUGCCCACAAAGACCUCUACAAGGCCCUACGCAAUGGCCUAGGGGACAAGAACAUGGCUGUCAGGAGUGCUGCAGCAAAGUGUUGUCUUGAGCUGGCCCAAUACUCCACCCUACUGUACACCACUGAGUUGGACAGUCUCUCCAAUGCUUGCCUCAGAGCCAUGGACGGGUCCUCCUACAAUGUACGCUGCUCUGUGGCCCAGCUGUUGGGAUCUCUCAUGGCCCUGACACAGCGUCCUGUCACUAAGGAAAUGAGAGGCCGACUGAAGCUUCCCUCACUAGACGAAGUGUUGGGGAUUCUGGCCAAUGGGUUUGUACGAGGAGGUGGUGGUUUCCUGAAGGGGGGCGGUCCCGAGCUGCUCAAGACAGGCAGUGCCAGCAGGGAGACACGAGUGGGCGUGACUCAGGCGUACGUUGUGUUCCUGAGUGCCAUGGGAGGGGGGUGGGUGGAGAGACAGCUGCCUCUGAUAUCUCGUCACAUCCUAGAGCUUGUAUCACACGCAAAGACCACCUCUACUCAUCUGGACGCUGUCUAUGCUCGAAGGUGUGUCGGUUUUAUUCUGCGUCAAGUAUUUGGACGUCUACUCGGAGAGGCUGCACAGCUGACUGCAGUAUGUCACCUGACACAACUUGUGUCUCAGACGGUGGGGGUAAUGAAAGGGGCAUCCUCAACACCUUCGCUCAAAUCAAAGGACGAUAAAUCAAGUAGUGAUUCUGGAGGAGAUAAAGACAGAGAGAAGGCGUCACUCCAGCAACAUGUGCUCACUUGUGCCGUGAUUGAAAUCGGAGCUCUUGUGUAUAAUCUUAACACUGCUGCCCUAGCCCUCGUUAUAGGGGACAAUGUGGGUGUGGUUUCAGCGGCCGAACUUGUUACCAAACCACCCCCUCUUCUGUUGGCUCUGACGGAUGUGCUGUCACUGCCCUAUCCUGCUAGUCGAGCUGGGGCAGCGUGGUGCGUGCGAUGUAUUGGUCUCGCACUACCGUCUCAACUCAGCCUGCUCGCUGAUUACUGCCUCAAACUGGUGAGGUCCUCCCUGACCCAGGCUGACCUUGUCUCUGGUUAUAGUCUAGCCCUGGCUGGUCUACUAGGGACAGUGCGCUACUCUGAGCUGGGACUGCCCUCAGCACAGGCUAAGGAGGUGCUGACGCUUGGAGGGGAGCUGGUGGAAAAGGGGCGUGACCAGGGAACCCUCAGUAUUGUACAGAGUGGGUGGAACCUCAUCGGAGCAUUCGUUAGCCUUGGCUCUGUGUAUGUGCGGUCCCAGCUCCGCCCACUACUGACACUGUGGCGAGGGUCGUUCCCACGCUCAGCCAAUGAGAUGAGCUCAGAGCUAGUGGGAGGGACCCCACGAUCAUGGCUGCUCACACUGGAGACCAGGGCAGGAGCUCUCUCCAGUAUUGCAAGUUUUGUGCGCUUCUGCUCUGACCUUUUGACCCCUGAGCUGACUAGACGUCUAAUGCUGCCUCUCGAUUCUGCACUCGCUAUGUUGUCAAGUUUGCCGGGACUGGUGAAGGUUCACGGAGUUCACAUCAAGGCUGGUGGUGCCAUGCUGCGACUGAGGCUCUUCCAAGCACUAUCUCUCCUGAGCCCAUCUGCUUACGAGGGCAGUCUCAAUGCAUUACUACGGGAGCUGGUCACAGAGUUCACUCUCUCCAAUACACUGGCCAAUACAAGCACCUCUCUGCUGCGCUCCAUGUGCCAUCAUGAUGAUUCUAUCCUCCUCGGCUCCUGGUUGGAGGAGACUGAUCAUCAUGACGUAGAGGAGCAGCUGCAGCUCAACUCAGCUGCAGGGUCUGGAGCACUCGAGCAUGACACCACCUCUGUCUUCAUGGCAGGCAGCAAGGGGACUCGAUUGCCUGACCCCCUGCCUCUGGGGGUAGGUGUGAUAGACUCUGCCAUUGUGUUGUUUGGUAAAGCAUUCCCAGCAGUGUCCUCCAAACAUCGCCAGCAGCUGCUCACUCAUUUCAAGGACUCGGUGAAACAAGCCAAGUCAGCACGACAAGACGUCAUUCUCAUCAACAUCUUCACUGCAUUUCUGGCAGCUCUCAGAAAUCUUGUGGAGAACAAAGCAGUGUUGGGAGAGCAAGAGUUGCUCUUGAACGCAUACGAUCUUAUCAAGGGUGCCCUGGCCAGCUCAGAGCCCAUGCUACGCUGUGCUGCUGGAGAGGCCCUGGGGAGAAUGUCCCAGGUGGGAGGAGAUGCAGCAUUCGUUACACAGAUUGCACAGACCAGCUUCGACUGUCUCAAGUCUCUGAGGGACGUAGUCUCGCGUACAGGCCACUCACUGGUACUGGGAUGUCUUCAUCGCUAUGUGGGGGGGAUGGGCUCUGGACACCACUUCCAGAUGAGUGUGUCCAUCCUACACAGCCUCACACAGGACGUGGCAUCACCCACCGUACAAGUGUGGGCGCUUCAUGCUCUGGCUCUCAUUGCUGACAGUGGGGGACCAAUGUUCCGUAACUAUGUUGAGCCCACCCUCGGCUUGAUGCUCCAGCUCCUAGUGACCACACCUCCCUAUUAUGUCGAGGUUCACCAGUGUCUGGCCAAGUGUCUGAGCGCUCUCAUCACCACCCUCGGCCCUGAGCUUCAAGACACCUCUCAAUCGAUGAACACAACUCGUACAACCUGUUUAACCUGUUGUGCCAUCGUACAGGAACACCCGGACGCUAUAGUCCAAUCAGCUGCCAUUGGAUGUCUACAACAACUGCAACUGUUUGCUCCACAAUACGUUACCCUCUCGACCUUAGUCCCGAGGCUCUACCAAAACCUCCACAGCUCUCACCUGCUCCUACGCAGAGCCGCAGCUAAUUGCCUGAGGCAGUUCACACAACGAGAGCCUAAGACGGUCUGGAGCAUACGUCCUGAGGGGGCGGGUGGUUUGGAGAAUGUCGUACUGGUCAAAUUAGACGUGGAAACGGACGCUAAAUUGUGCGAAGAUUUGGAAGAGAUUUUGUUCAGUUUGUUGACCUCUCUUGCGCCCGAGAAUCCGAUCAAAUGGCUCAAACUGUGCAAUCAUGUUCUUGCAGCCUCGCUUGAGAAGACGGGCGCGUCAGGUGGUGAUGGAUCAGGUGAUCACGACGAGGACGAGGAUGCGGCCAAGUUUACCACCGGAGAGUCAGAGGAGUCUCAAAGGGCUACCAAUAUCUCACCAAGAUGGCCGACUAAAGUUUUUGCUGUCGAGUGCUCGAGGAAAAUCUACGCCGUGUGUAAGAAUGACCCCGUGCACUUUGACCUCUCACUGGCCCAACAGAGGAAGAGAGAAACACAAGGUGACUCUCUGGUGAUGCACUUGGCUGAGCUGGUGAGGACUUCCUUCAUAGCAGCCACUGCCAGUGUUGAUCAACUUAAGCUGACUGGCUACAAAGCUCUUAGAGACGUGGUGGAGCUGUUUGCUGGGACCUCUGAUCCUGACUUCCCUGGCCACCUGCUACUCGAGCAAUAUCAAGCACAAAUUGGAGCUGCUCUGCGUCCUGCCUUCACCAAGGAGACUGCUCCCCAUGUGACUGCCAUGGCCUGUCAGGUGUGCAGUGAAUGGUUGGGCAGUGGUGUGUCACGUGAUGUGGGGGAUCUCAAACGUGUCCAACAACUCCUAGUAUCUUCGUUGGACAAGAUGGGCCGAGGUGCAGAGGCCUCACUGUAUGGAGAGUCUGUAGCCACCAUGGAGGGGCUGGCAGUGCUCAAGGCCUGGGCAGAGCUGUACAUUAAAGUGACGGAGGAUGGUCUAGCUGAGAGUGGAUCUAGUGCCAUGGAGCUACUCAACCCUCACUUGCCGAGUCUCAGCAAAUACUGGCUGGCCGCACUACAAGACCACGCCCAUUUGACCCUCCCCCCUGAGUUUGCCAGUCAACUGCCCCCCACUGGCGGGACCUUCUUCACAAUUGAUGCUAUGCAUAUUGUGCGUCCUUACUAUGAUGCUAACUGGUCCUCCCUCCUGCACGCAGCAGCCAUUUGGCUGACAAUGAACACUCUAGUCGAUAAAAAACCAUCUAAGUUAUCUGUUGUUGGUCUAUUCUCUCCUCCGGGUGAGGGUGGCUCUGAUGACUUCCACCUGGUGUUGGGGCUGGCUGUACAGUCACUCUGUUUCUCAUCCACACUGGACCAACCGCUAACGCUCAACGAUUGUCUACAAUCUCUUAAGAUUCUUGUCUCAUCGGAAACUGUUAAACAGCGACUGGCUAGCAAUGACAAGAUGGCGUCUGAACUUUUGAGCGUACUUCAUCGAGUGCUAUUGACUUGCUCUAACCCAGCCAUGCAUGUACUGGCUCUACAGAUCUCUCAGCUGAUUGGUGGAUCGCUGACGAUGAAUACCAAUACAGAGGAUGAUCUUAUGUUGUCUCCUGCCUACUCACUGCUUAAAGUGGCUGCUUGCUGUUUAUUCAGGUUAAUCCCUGGCCUCGAGUCACUACAACCGCACGCCCACUCCCCACCUCUGACCAAAACCCCACCCACUCCACACACCCUCUCUCUCGUAUCCCACACCCUCCCUCUGUUGGUGACGGUCAUAUCGUUGUGUCCUCCACAAGACAGUCUCUCCAUUCUACCAUCUACACUGCACAUGUUGCUGUCCUCGUUACAGUAUACUUCCUGUGUGGGUGGAGCUACAGCUGCUACCAGUGCUGGAUUGCAGUCACUCCGAGAUCUAUGUUCUGUUGUCAAACUAGAAGAUAGUGAAUUUGGAACGAAACUGAUCCAAAUUCUUCGUUCGGCUUUGGCUAGUGUAUUGGAGAGUAAGGAAUCUUCGUCAGUGGCUACCUACUCUAGGAUGGACGAGGAGACAAGACUACUAGUGAUGGCCGUGUUUCUACUCGUGUCUCCGGAGAUAUGUCCUCCAAGCUUUCAACUGUUCACUGGCUGUGCUCAGCUUCUCAACAACAGCAUCUCAGGCUCUGACUCAAAGGUCCAGACAAGAGCUCUGCAGAUAUGCAAGUCUUUGUUCCAGAAGGCCUCAGUGUCUCAAGCUAGCGUCUCUUUCAUUCACAGCGUGGGGCCGUGUGUUGUGAGGUUGGUGGAGGGUUGUAUGGCUGGAGGGGUCGAGUCAGGGGUCGUCACCGAGGCAACACAGGUACUGGAAGUCCUCUUAGAGGCUACAAAGGACGAAAAUAAGCCACAGAUGAUGAAGUUUCUCAUUCCUCUGUACGUGUCACUGCUGUUGGAGCCCACUUCCCUCCAGUCUGCCUCCAAACCAAUCAAGCAGAUCCACGAUCACCUGUUGAGUCAGGUGACCCAGGUGGGACCCAAGUACCCCGACAUGUUUAGAAGCAUCAUGCAGACCUCCCCCGAGUUGAAUCAGCGUCUCAAGGCAGCGCUACAAGCCCGCCAAUCAAAUGGUCCGAGGGUGACAGAGAGUGGGAGGAAGACGCAGCAAGCCCCUGCUAUUAAACUGAAAAUGAACUUUAGUAACUUUAAUUAAAAACUGAGUGCACACAUUACUUUGAUUGUGGUUUUUAACUGUGGUAAAAUGUUGAUUGUUUAAUGACA